AUGGAUGCCAUUGAUUUCUCACGGUUGCUUGGUUCCCCAAUGAAGAAAACAAGUUUUGGUGAACAAAAUAGGCUUGCAGCUCUUCAGACGAAAGGCUUGGUAGUGGGGCAUUUUUGUAGGUAAAAACGCUGAAGAAGGAUAAGGAGCAUCCUUUUUCAACACAAAAAUACCGUCACUCUGUACCAUCCCUCCCCAAAGAAGAUCAAGAGAAAGAUAGAAAGAAUCCCAAAAGAUUGAAAACAGGUUCUGCAAACAAAUUCCAUAUAUAUGUGCAUCAAAUCAGCUUGCUGGAUAG